GAGAAGAUAACGGAACUUGAGGUAAAGUUUGGUGAUCAGCUAAGGGAACCGGCUGAGCUUUUUUGUAGGAUUGAGACAUUUGUUGCACCUGUUGAGAGGGAUGUUGAGGAAGAUGUUGAGAAGGAUGUUGAGGAAGAUGAUGUUGAGAAGGAUGUUGAGAAAGAUGUUGGGAAGGAUGUUGAGAAGGAUGUUGAGAAGGAUGUUGAUGAAGAGGAUGUUGUUCAUGAACAAUAG